AUGGCUAAAACUGAUACACCGGUUGUUGAAGUCUGGUACAAUGGGAUGUUCAUCAAGAAACCACUAAUCUAUUUUGAUCCAGAUAAAAAGGAGAUAAUGUACGCCGAUUUCAGGGAGAUGGGGUAUGCUGAAUUCAUUGCGCACCUCAACGUGAUUACUAGAAGAAUAUGCAAAGAUGUAUACUAUUGUCCAGAUGGGCAAACAUUGUGUCAAGGAUUGGCCGCAUUGCAUAACGAAUGUGAUUACCAUGAAUUUCAUGAGUGUCUCCAUGAGAAAAAGAAAGUAAAUCUGUAUGUGGACCAUAUGCAUGAACCCCUGUUCGACUGGAUUGAAAUGGAAGAGCCUGAAAUUGAAGAUGAUACCAACUCCAAAGCAGAUGAAGAUGUUGAUUCAAUGUUAAUAGAUAAAGACUGUUGGGAACACGAGGUGGAUGAUGAGGAUUUUUCAAUGAAAAGGGCAACAACAACUAUUCAGAAUAAAGACAGGUUUUCGAACAAACUUUGUCCAAAUGUUGAAGAGGAAGAAGAUUCUAAUGUUGAGCAACUACCACCUGUAUACCCUGUGCACAAUUCUGAGCAACAAUGGGAUGAAAUGGCUCCUGUAUUAGGUAUGAAACUCACCAAUCCUACUGAACUUAAACAAUGUCUUACCAACUAUGCUGUUAAGCAUGGUUAUGAUUUGUGGGAUGCCAAUAACAGCAUGUUCCCACUAGCUUGGGCUAUUGUGACUGUUGAGAACAAAGACACUUGGAAAUGGUUUCUUGAUCUACUCAUGGAUGAUAUUGACAGAGGCAGUGGAAAGGGGCUUACUCUUAUAUCAGAUGAACACAAGGGUUUAAUUGAAGCUAUCAAAGAAAGGGUUCCUCAUGCUGAGCAUAGAUUAUGUGCUAGGAACAUACUAGCUAACUUUAACACAAGGUUCAAAGGUGAGCAUUUUAUCAAGCCAUUUUGGAGAGCUGUGAAGGCUACUACAAAACAGAGACAUGAAGCUGCUAUGCAAGAGAUCAAGGAAUUAGACAGGGGGCAUUUGAUUAUCUCAUGGAGAGGGACCCUAAAUGUUAUUGCAGGGCUUUUCAAGUAG